GUCCGAUACAACGUUAUGUUGAACUGUCACAUUUCAUCAUGUAAUGUAAAUCAUAUAUUUUUUCUGAACAUUAGCGAAGCAAGUCUCAGUGUACUUGAAGACGAUAUGGAUAUGGAAAAUGUUCCCGUUAUCAAAAGUUCUGAAAUGCUUCUGUCACCGCCAGAUCAUGGUCAGAGCAGUGCAGGAGCCUCAACGUCAAAAGCAGUUCCAAACAAUGCUUCUACGUCAUCGACACCCGCCGCUUCCUCCUCGUCAACCGCCAGUGAUUCACCGCCAUCAUUACUGACAAAACCACGCUUACAAGAGCUCGUUCGUGAAAUCGAUCCAACCGAACAGCUUGAUGAUGAUGUUGAAGAGUUACUACUUCAAAUUGCUGAUGAUUUUGUAGAAAAUACUGUGAAUGCGGCGUGUAUGCUUGCAAAACAUCGAAAAGCAUCUAAAGUUGAGGUGAAAGAUGUUCAAUUGUAUUUGGAACGUAACUGGAAUAUGUGGCUUCCAGGUUUUGGCACAGAGGAACUAAAGCCCUAUAAACGUGCUGCGGUUACCGAAUCACACAAACAACGUUUGGCACUUAUUCGAAAAGCAAUUAAGAAAUACUAAACUUGAACGUAUCCAUUUUAAAAUAUUUUUAAUUUUUGCAAACUAUCGAUUUUCCAAUAGUUUUUUCUUUUAAAAUAAAUAUAGAAAAUCAACAGAUUAUUUUUUCCUAUUUCCAAAUCCAAGUCUAAAUCAUGCUGGAUUGAAAAUAUUAUGGAAAUUUUUUUAUAGAAUAAUUUUAAAAUUGUAUGAAUUUGUGUCUGAAUGACUUAUUCUGAAUAAAACGAGGUUAGCUGCA